UUUCCUGCUGAAGAAAAUGGCACUCAGACAAGACUCAGAUAAAGAACCACGAAUUGAGCUCUUCAUAAAGGCCGGUCAUGAUGGAGAGAAUGUGGGGAACUGUCCCUUCUGUCAGAGACUCUUCAUGGUUCUUUGGCUGAAAGGAGUCAGGUUCACAGUAACCACUGUUGACAUGAGGAAGAAGCCAGAAGAGCUCAAAGACUUAGCUCCAGGUACCAACCCUCCUUUCCUCCUGUACAAUGGCACACUGAAGACUGACUUCAUUAAGAUCGAAGAGUUCCUGGAGACCACCCUCGCCCCUCCCCGCUAUCCUCAUCUCAGCCCCCGCUACAAAGAGUCUUUUGAUGUUGGUGCUGACAUUUUUGCCAAGUUCUCCGCAUUCAUCAAGAACAGCCCAAACAAUGCUUUCCACGAAAAAGCCUUAUUGAGGGAGUUUAAGCGCCUGGAUGACUAUCUGAACACUCCGCUUCAGGAUGAGCUAGAUCAAAACAUCAGCGUAUCCAAAAGAAAGUUCCUUGAUGGCAACCGCUUGACACUGGCAGACUGCAACUUGUUACCAAAGCUGCACGUCAUCAAGGUUGCUGCCAAAAAGUACUGUGAUUUUGAGAUUCCUGCUCAGUUCACUGGAGUGUGGCGUUACCUGCAGAAUGCAUAUGAGAGAGAAGAGUUCAGCCAGACCUGUCCAGCUGACAUUGAAAUUGAGAAAGUCUAUCUGAGUGUGGCCAAGAGGAACUGAACUUCAGAUUAAUGAAGCAAUGUUGUGAUAAAAUGUUUAAAUAGUGUAAAUACAAGUUCUUAAGUUUAUAGCCAUCUACAUAGUUGUAGUUCACAGGUGUGGAAAUCUAUUACAGUUGAAGCCAAAAACACACCACACACAGUUUGCUAAAGUACUUUCGUUGUGCCUGUGAUCUCAAAGCCCUUCUGAGUGACUGCUACUGGCAAAGAGGCUUUACUAGUUUUAGAGGUUAUAGGAUCCUUUGCAAAUGAUCUUGAGCACAACAGUCAACAGAGUUGUGCUUUUAACUGCAAUAUCAUAUGUAAUGUUUUUGUGCCUAUUUGUGUAUAUAUGUAUUUUUCAUUCAUUAGGGGGUAUUCGGUUAUAUGUAAUGUAUACCUAAAAGGCUAUGUGUUUUUAAUCAUCUGUAAGAAUGAGCUGAAAACACUGUAAAGAUAAAAGUUCAGUGAGUCAGUGAGUCAUGCGGCGGUAAUGGUUGUUUUGUAUUAAGGGUUAUUGUGAUGGAUGUAUGAGUCACACAGACACCAUUGUUAGACGUUGGGAUUGUUUAAGAAAGAGAUUAAACUGCUUUCUUUCAGAUUUUACUUAAAAAUAAAAUUAAUAUUAUACACA